AUGGCGAGUGUCCGCCAACAUUCCCGCGACGGGAGCGAAGACACGCGGGUCGACAGCGCCGCUGGUCUUCGUCCCUCCGAAGCUGUCGGUAGAGAUGAACCUUGCGACGCCUCGACGAGCGAUGCCGACGGUGAUGGUGACGACAGCGAGAUGGAGCGCCGUCACUCCGUCGUACGGGAUCUCGCUCGACGAUACACGACUGAACGCUCGGCGGCCGACCAACAAUACGAGCUCCAAGACGUCAUGGUGGGCCAGGCCGCAGAUUCGGAACUCAACCCUUCCAGCGGCAAUUUCAGCGCCCGCGCCUGGGCCAGAAGCAUCGCGAGCCUAACCACGCACCAGGGCUCAGGAUAUCGCCGAAGUGGAUUCUCCUUCAAGAACAUGAACGUCUUCGGUUUCGGAUCGGCCACUGACUAUCAGAAGGAUGUUGGCAACAUCUGGAACGAGGUCCCUAAUGUCGCCCGCUCGGUGUUGACAAAGUCGGGUGGCAAGCGACGCAUCGACAUCCUGCGGGGCCUUGACGGCGUCGUCAAGCCCGGCGAGAUGCUCGUGGUUCUGGGCCCUCCCGGUGCUGGCUGCACGACAUUCCUCAAAUCCGUUGCCGGCGAGACGAACGGCAUCUACCUCGACGGGUCCACCUCCUUCAACUAUCACGGAAUCGACGCGAAAGAGUUCCACUCUCACCAUAGCGGUGAGGCCAUAUACACUGCCGAGGUUGAUGUGCACUUCCCCAUGCUCACCGUCGGGGAGACCUUGACCUUCGCCGCACGUGCUCGGUGUCCCCGGGUCCUGCCUCCCGGCGUCACAUCCGAGCAGUUCUCCGACCAUUUCCGCGACGUCGUCAUGGCCAUGUAUGGCAUCAGCCACACAGUGAAUACCCGCGUCGGCGAUAAUUAUAUUCGGGGUGUAUCGGGUGGCGAGAGAAAGCGUGUGACUAUUGCUGAGGCAACCCUUUCCAACGCGCCCUUGCAGUGUUGGGAUAAUUCCACCCGUGGACUAGACUCGGCAAACGCGAUCGAAUUCUGCAAGACUCUCAGGCUGCAGGCUGACCUCUUCGGCCAAACCUCUGCCGUCUCUAUUUAUCAAGCUCCCCAAAGUGCAUACGACCUGUUCGACAAGGCUCUCGUCCUAUAUGAAGGAAGGCAGAUUUUCUUUGGCCCUGCAGAAAGUGCUAGGGAAUAUUUUAUCAGCCUUGGUUUUGACUGCCCUGCCCGCCAAACGACGCCGGAUUUUCUGACCUCGAUGACUGCACCGUCAGAGCGUGUUGUCCGUUCUGGAUGGGAAAACCGCGUCCCUCGUACGCCAGACGAAUUCGCUGCCCGAUGGAGAGAAAGCAGCCAGUUCCAGAUCUUGCAAGCCGAGAUUGAGGAAUACAACAGCAGUCACCCAAUAGGCGGACCAGACGCUGACGCCUUCCGUGCCCAGAAGCAGCUAACCCAAGCUAAGGGCCAGCGGGUCGGCUCCCCUUUUACACUCUCUUAUGCCCAGCAAAUCAAAAUAUGUCUAUGGCGAGGUUGGAGGCGACUUAUUGGUGCGCCAGGUUUGACCAUAUUUGCCCUCAUCGCCAACUCUGCCAGCAUGCUCAUCAUAUCGUCGCUCUUCUACGACAUGGACAAUACUACUGGGAGCUUCUUCCAGCGCGGAGCAGUGUUGUUUGUCGCCAUUCUCACCAACGCUUUCUCCAGUGCACUCGAAAUCUUGACGCAGUACUCCCAGCGGCCCAUUGUUGAAAAGCAUCAUCGCUACGGUUUCUAUCACCCUUCUGCUGAGGCGUUCUCGUCUGUUCUCGUAGACAUGCCGUACAAGAUAGCCAACAGCAUCUCUACGAACCUGAUUUUAUACUUCAUGACGCAUCUCAGGCGGGAGCCGGGGCCCUUUUUCUUUUAUUUAUUAGUCUCUUUUAUCAUGGUACUUUCCAUGUCAGGUAUUUUCAGAUCAAUCGCUUCGUUGUCCCGGACCUUAUCCCAGGCCAUGGUGCCCGCCUCCGUCCUGAUCCUCGCUCUCGUCAUCUUCACGGGUUUCGUCAUUCCCGUCGACUACAUGCUCGAUUGGUGUCGAUGGAUUAACUACCUCGACCCAGUCGCGUAUGGAUUCGAAGCACUGAUGAUAAACGAGUUCACCGGCCGCCAAUUCGAGUGCAAUGUCUUUGUGCCAAGCCCGCUCGCCGCUGGUUAUGAGAACGUAUCGCCCGAAAACCGCGUCUGUACGACAGCAGGCUCCGUUGCUGGCCAGUCCUUCGUGGAUGGUGAUGUGUACAUAAAAACCUUGUACAGCUACGAGCGCAGCCAUAAAUGGCGGAACGUGGGCAUCAUUAUCGCCUUCGCCGUUUUCAAUCACUUGGUCUACUUUAUCGCCACCGAAUACAUUUCAGCUAAGAAAUCGAAGGGCGAGGUUCUCGUUUUCCGACGCAACCAUAUGCCAUCGGUUCCGACUGAAAAGGGGGAUAUCGAAAUGUCAUCUUCCGGACCGAGCGUUGUUGCCGAGAAGAAGUCGGGAAAUCAAAGCGGCAGCGAAGACGGCUUCAUCCAAGCAUCUACCAGCGUGUUCCAUUGGAGCAACGUUUGUUACGACAUUAAGAUUAAGGGAGAGCCUAGGCGGAUCCUGGAUAAUGUUGACGGCUGGGUAAAACCUGGAACGCUAACGGCUCUGAUGGGCGUAUCUGGCGCUGGCAAAACGACUCUUCUUGAUUGCCUAGCUGACCGUAUUUCGAUGGGUGUUAUUACGGGUGAGAUGCUGGUGGAUGGAAAGAUUCGAGAUGCGUCUUUCCAACGCAAGACAGGCUACGUUCAACAGCAAGACCUCCACCUUGAAACCUCAACUGUACGCGAGGCCCUGGAGUUCAGCGCCCUACUUCGGCAACCUGCUAGUACGCCCAUGGCCGAAAAGCUGGCGUACGUAGAUGAAGUGAUUAAACUUCUUGAUAUGCAGGAGUAUUCCGAGGCUGUGGUAGGAGUUUUGGGCGAAGGUUUAAAUGUUGAGCAGCGAAAGAGGCUCACAAUCGGAGUUGAGCUCGCAGCAAAGCCUCCGCUCCUCUUGUUUGUCGAUGAGCCUACUUCCGGUCUCGACUCGCAAACCUCUUGGGCUAUUCUUGAUCUUCUGGAGAAGUUGGCUAAAGCUGGCCAAUCCAUCUUGUGUACCAUCCACCAGCCGUCUGCUAUGCUUUUCCAACGUUUCGAUCGACUCCUGUUCCUAGCCAAGGGUGGAAAAACUGUUUACUUUGGCGACAUUGGCGAAAACUCUCAUAUCCUCAAUUCUUACUUCGAGCGACACGGAGCGCAUGCGUGCCAACCAGGUGAGAAUCCUGCUGAGUGGAUGCUGGAAGUUAUUGGCGCCGCUCCAGGCAGCUCCACCGAGAUCGAUUGGCAUCAAGCAUGGCGCGAAAGCUCCGAGUACCAGGCAGUUCAAGCCGAGCUUCAAAGGCUCCGCGAUGGCGCGUCGGGCCCUACCAGCCCAGAAGAGCGGGAUCUCAGUUCUUACCGCGAGUUUGCUGCCCCCCUUUGGACCCAGCUCCUGGUUGUUACCCGUCGCGUGUUCCAGCAGAUGUGGAGAACCCCGUCAUACAUCUAUUCCAAGUUCACUUUGGGAAUAUCUGUGUCGCUCUUCAUCGGUCUCGUCUUCCUUAAUGCGCCCCUAAGCAUCCAGGGACUUCAGAAUCAGAUGUUUGCCAUCUUCCAGAUUCUCAGCGUCUUUGGUCAACUUGUCCAGCAGCAGAUGCCGCACUUUGUCACCCAGCGGUCCCUUUAUGAAGUGCGCGAAAGGCCCUCGAAGACUUACAGCUGGAAGGUCUUUAUGCUGUCUCAGAUCAUUGCCGAGUUCCCAUGGAACACACUGCUUUCCGUGGUCAUGUUCGUUUGCCUGUACUACCCUGUUGGGUUCCAGAAAAAUGCGGCUGUGACCGGUGCCGAGGCCGAGCGUGGUGGCCUAACUUGGCUUCUCUUCUGGCAGUUCCUCAUCUUUACAUCCACCUUUGCCCACGCUUGCAUCUCCUUCACGGACACGGCUGAAGCAGGAGGAAAUCUUGCCAACGUUCUCUUCAUGAUGUGUUUGCUGUUUUGUGGUGUGUUGGCGGGCCCGUCUACCCUUCCUGGUUUCUGGAUCUUCAUGUACCGCGUGUCUCCGUUCACCUACUGGAUAUCGGCUGUCAUGUCGACGGGCUUGGCGAAUGCAGACGUCACUUGCGCGCCAAACGAAAUCGUCACAGUUAACCCGCCGGAUAACCAGACCUGUGGCCAGUUCCUAUCGUCCUACGCCACGGCAUUCGACGGUCAGGUCUUGAACGCGGACGCCACUUCGGACUGCAAGUACUGCCCCCUUGCCCACACAAACACAUUCUUAGCAGGAAUCAGCUCCAACUUCGAGAAUCGGUGGAGGGACUUUGGAAUCGGCAUGGUCUACAUUGUGGUCAAUAUCGCUGCUGCGUUGGCCCUAUAUUGGUCGGUUCGCAUGCCUCAUAAAAAGCGGAAGAGUUGA